UGCCGUAAAGCAGUUUGGUUGUCGCUUGCUAUAGCCGAAAAGUGUACAACUUUCUCUGCUAUAUCUAAUCAUCUAACAAGUUAGCGUAGCGUGUUGAUAUUAGUGUUUUUGAUAAAAAUAUGGGCUCCUGGUCAGUCUCUGGGUAAAACUUAGGCUUUAUUAAGGUUGCAUGGAAUCACCGGGAUAAUUCAGCUAGCUAAACCAAAAAUUCCAGACGGUGCAAACAUAUGUGUUCCUAUCAGCCAUCUUUAGGUUGAGAGAGACUAUGGGCCCGAAAAAUCCGUAACAGACCUGAGGGAAAACACUGACAACUUUUAGGUUAGCUAAGUAACUCAUUAACUCAGCCACCACGUGAUAAUGAUAUUGAUAUUUGUUCUAGCUAUGCUACCGCGAAUUAAACAAAGUUAGCUAACAUCAAUUAGCUGUAUUUCACACAAAUCUGUUUGGCGUUUUAACCGGCUAACAAGCCGAACUAUUAUAGCUAGAUUAGGACGGUAUCGCUCGGUUGCUAGCUAAUUACGGUCAUUAAUUUUUUUGGCUGAACAUUUCGUCCGAGCAAGACUCCAAGGACAGUGUCGGAUAUGACACCCUGCAAUGGCCGCUGACCUCCGCUCCGGUGAAAUCCUUUUCCGCUUUCGUAAUGUGGAGAGUGUGCACGUAUAGCCCUGAAGGGCUUACACAAACGAGUAUUUGUUCUUAUUUGACUAAGAUUCCCUAAUCCGGGGACAGUGAUAUUUCUAAUCUGGAUAGAAAUGUCCAUGUUCGAGGACGUCGCAAUUCCCCAAAAGGAAUUUAACAAAACUGUCCUGGUGACUGGAGGCGCAGGGUUCAUCGGAUCACAUGUGGUCAACUCCCUUGUCGAAAAGUACCCAGAUUGGCAUAUCAUCAAUGUGGACAAGCUGGAUUACUGUUCAAACCUAAAAAACCUUGCACCUGUUGAGCAGAAACCAAAUUACACAUUUGUUCAGGGGGAUAUAUGCAGUCCAUACUUUAUCCACCAUCUCUUUGCAGUGCAGAAUAUUGACAUUGUUUUCCAUUUUGCUGCUGAAACACAUGUGGAUAAGUCCUUCCGGUGUCCUGCAGAAUUCACACGUGUGAAUGUUGAUGGGACCCGCUUGCUGCUUAAGGCGGCCCACAAAUCAGGGGUCCAAAAGUUCGUUCAUGUCAGCACUGAUGAGGUGUAUGGAGACAGCACUGACACGGAAUUUGAUGAACUGUGCCCAAGAAGACCAACCAACCCCUAUUCUUCAUCCAAAGCCACGGCAGAGUGUUCUGCACUCUCCUACUGGAAGAAGCAUGAGGUAAUGAGUGUUAAUUUGUUUCCUGUAAUAGUGACAAGGAGCAAUAACGUUUACGGACCCCGUCAGUACCUUGAAAAGGUUAUUCCACGAUUUAUAUCGCUUCUUCAACAAAACAAGAAGUGCACCAUCCACGGCUCAGGGCUUCAGUCUCGUCAUUUCCUGUAUGUUGAUGAUGUCACAGAGGCCUUCCUGACGGUCAUGGAGAAAGGCCUUCCAGGAGAGAUCUACAACAUUGGGACCAACUUUGAGCUGUCAGUUACACAGCUCGCCCAGCAGUUGAUAAAGACAAUGAAGAAUCUGUCCCUGGAUGCAGACCUAGAUGACUGGGUGGAGUUUGUGAAAGAUCGACCCUGUCAGGACCUGAGGUACCCGCUGAUCUCUGAUAAGAUGCACAGACUUGGGUGGAAGCCGAGAGUGUCCUGGACCGAGGGAAUCAGGAGAACAGUUGAGUGGUACGAAGAAAAUCCACACUAUUGGCCUGAGAAAGAAGCUCUUGAGCCACGCAGCCAGCCUUUGGCUGAGGGCUGAUACAUUCGCAGGAAUUCAGAAACCAACAGCAGUGACCAGCACUGAGAUCCUCCAGAGCUCAGAUGUUUUUAUUUAGCUAUUACAUAGCCUCAUUCUUUAUCUGUUGUACAGAAUUGAGGUAAAAUGUUUUUUACUAAAAUAUGAUCAAUUUUUA